AUUGAGGUCUCCUCAUAGCGAAGUCACAUUCAUAUAUCCAAAAUGGCUUUUAAGUUGUUAGUCCUGAUCUGCGCAGUCGCCGCUGCCCACGCCGGAGUGAUCGCUCCAGUGACCUACUCCCACGCGGCGCCGUUGGCAUACGCCGCCGCCCCCGCAGCCCACCUCGUCCACUCUGCACCCGUCGCCUACGCCGCUCCCGUCGCCAAGGCCGUCGAAGAGUACGACGCUCACCCUCAGUACAGCUUCGCCUACGACGUACAGGACGGCCUCACCGGCGACUCCAAGAGCCAGCACGAGAGCCGCGACGGCGACGUGGUCCAAGGGUCCUACUCCGUGGUGGACCCCGACGGCACCAAGCGCACCGUGGACUACACCGCGGACCCGCACAACGGUUUCAACGCCGUCGUCCACAGAGAAGCCUUAGGUGUUAAAGCUGUUGCCCCAGUCGCUAAGAUUGCCCCGCUCACAUACGCCGCUGCCCCAGUGGUCCACUCUGCCCCAAUCGUACACGGAGCCAACUACAUCCAGCACGCGGCCCCAGUAUCCUACUCCACUCCCUACAUCCAUCAUUAGACCAAUGCUCUAGUCAAAGUGGGAUAUGGCGUCAAGUAUUAAUUUAUUUUAGUUGUAAAUUACAAAAUAAAAUAAAAUAGAUAAAAAAAGUCAUGUCUUUCUUUUUACUUCACCGGAAUCGAACCGGGUUCUACUGUUUUCCGGAUCACCCAAUCUGAGC